UAUCUCAUAUUCAUAAUUGUGGUUUCUUUAAUAGUUUUGACUCUCAGUAUUGAUAACUUUACACUUGCAAUAAGAGCAUCUUAAACUCAUCUAAAUGAUUUUUUAUCAAUAUUAAUGACCAGCAGAAAUUGAUUUGGAAACAUGUAAGGUAGAAGAUAUUAGCCAGUGAGAUUUUGGUUUGUUUCUUUCUGUAUGUUUUGCUUCUAUGGCAUCUUCAGUAUUUUUUUUUUCUCCCAUAGUACUUCUAUGCUGCAGAACCAGCCACACAGGCACUAUGGAGUUACCUCCCCAAUUAGCUUGGCUCCUCCAAAGGAUAUAGAUUAUAUUCAUACUCAGAAGCUAGUUGAAGUAAUGGAGUCAUUUGGAGUAUUUGAAGAUGAGGAGGAGUUGAAUCACAGGCUGGUUGUUCUUUGUAAAUUGAAUAACUUGGUCAAAGAAUGGAUUUUUGAACUUGGUGAGAGCAAGAACCUUCCCCCUUCAGUGGUAGAAAAUGUUGGUGGCAGAAUAUUUACAUUUGGUUCUUACAGGCUUGGAGUACACACCAAAGGUGCUGACAUAGAUGCUCUUUGUGUUGCUCCUAGACAUGUGGAAAGAUCAGAUUUCUUUCAGUCAUUCUUUGAAAAACUAAAGCAUCAGGAAGAGAUAAAAAAUCUAAGAGCAGUAGAAGAUGCAUAUGUACCUGUUGUCAAGUUUGAGUUUGAUGGCAUCGAGAGUCCACCCAACAAAUCCCUAUCUUUCCAAUUUGAAGAAAAGGAUGUUGUGGGGUACCGUAUCAAAGACCUUACUGAACUUGAGAUAAGAGCCACUGAUGUCAUUGCCCUUGUCCAUCAAGGCAAUGACAGUAAUCCAGAAAAAACUCGUGUGCUCGACGUCCCGUCAAGCGUUACAGGUGAGAUAGCGAAAGGCAUCACCUCUCACUCAACGGCCUCACCACAGCCACUAAGCGGAGCUCCGAAGCAGAAGCAGCUCAGGUUCAGCUCGCAGACGAGGGUGCGGCCCGGCCGUGGGGGCGUGCCCCUCGCCAAGCCCCGCCCCGGCGGUGAGCGGGAAGGAGGCGCGGGCGGCGCGCAGCAUAGGAGGGAGUGGGGCGUGGGCUGCGGCGGGUUCGGCAGUGCGGUGUGCGCCAUGAGGGAGACGGGCGGGUGA